GAAAACAGCAAUUUGAAAGGCUCACCGAACAACAAAGAAAGCAGAUCUGCGAAGGGCCCCUCUGUUUCUCUCCCGGCCAACUCGACUCCACCGCCGUCCACGGUCCACCCACCGUGCCGCCGCCGGGCCUCCCCCUACCCCGACGGCUCUCUGGAGCCUCGGCUCGACGUCGGAGCGGUGAGCCCCAGGUCAACAUCGUCGCCCAGGACCCCGUUCUCUCCCGCCGAUUGCUCGGUCGUCGUCGCCGCCGCCGGCACCACAGGUGUUUGAUCACAGGUUGAAAUGGACCCUCCAGUUGCCGAUCCUGGACCAACCAAGGAUGAAGGUGUUGGAUCUAAGGGUGAAAUGGAUCUUCCAGUUGCCAAUCGUGGACCGGUGAGGGAUGAAGGUCAGCUUCUCCAGUGCCCAUAUUGUGAUUCCGAAGCAAUGCACAAACUAGCGCAAUUCUUGCUCCCUGGUUUGGCUGCGGUCUGUGUCGACGGUACGACGGGUGAUCUGUUCAGGAGCCCGUCUGUUGUUGCUGUUGACCUCAGGCAAGAAAUGGUGGACUACGUUACACAAAGAAGUGAAACGUUCAUAGCUGAUACUCUCAUUGAAUCGGAGGUGGAACAAAACGCUGAGAAUCAAAUGCCAGAUGACCCUUAUGAGGUCAUAUCAAUCUUCAUGGAUGAUUUCAGUCGCACGAAGAGGAACAUCAUUGGCCAUGUCUCUGGGUGGUUGUUGAGCGACAGCCGCGAAGAUAAGAUCGAUGAUUUUGUCCAGGAAAUGGAUAUGACCCGCUUCUGGCCACUAGAAAGGAGAGAAGGGAUCGCCGAGGUCCUCCUCAAGAAUGUGGACAUUAAAACUAAGUUCCACUGCCCUGAGAAAUAUGAAAACGAGGAACGUCUUGCUGAUCACAAGGCACAGUGUAGCUUCAGGCCUGUCACUUGCCCGAACGAUGGAUGCCGAGCGAAAGUUUCUGUCCGGUGCAUGCAGGAUCAUGAUGCAGCUUGUCUCUUCAAGAUCCUUCAGUGUGAGCAGAACUGCGAGAAACGGCUUCUGAGGCGUGAUAUGGAUAGACAUUGUGUUACUGUCUGCCCCAUGAGGCCCAUGAAGUGCCCUUUCGGCUGUGAUUCUUCGUUCCCUGAACAUAACCUCGAGGAGCACUGUUCAGAGAGUCUCCAGCAGCACCUGCUUAAGGUCCUUCAGGUGAUUCACAAGAAAGGUUUGACGGCUGAUCAGCUGAACGACCGUGCUCUAGAGCUGGAGAAGUCUGAAGUUCGUGGUAAACUGGCUAAAGCUCGGGAUGCAAGAUCUCUUACUAAUAUUGUGAAGGAUCUUGAAGCAAAGAAGACACCACCAAGUUGAUUAGCUUGAAGGAUCUAAUAUAUGCCAGAAAUGUGAGCUGGAUAUUGGCAUGGAUUAGUUGCAGAGUUGUUUCCACACAAAGUAUAUAGAGAAGUAACCUAAAAUUUGAGUCUUUCUGUCACAUCUUUUAUUUUUCGUUAUGAUUUGCAGACAAUCAGUUAGGUUUUUCCUGCGUGUUUUUGUUUGAACGGAAAUCGAUCCAGUUUUUUUAGAUGUAUUUUUUUUCCGUUAUUGAUGUAUAUUUGCAAUUUUUGUUUCUAUGUAACAAGAAGUACAUGAGAUGAUUAUGUAUUUUCCUGAACAAACAGUUCUAUGCUUGUUUAGAGCUUGGAGUGUGUGUUCUAGUUCCUGGUGGUCAUUUGGAAACAUAAUUGAUAUUUCGUUCCCUAUUACAUUUUCUACAUCAGCCCCAUUUGCAGAAGCUCGUGAUCAUUCAACCAAAAACUGCAGCACCAGCCCACCCACAAGGGUUUUUGCCACAGGGCCGAUGCCCAGCCAAACAUUCAAAAUGCAUCUUCAUGCCAUAUGAAUCCUGUUAUGGUAGGUUGCUCAGUUUGAUAUGGAGGCAUUGUCCAUGAAAGGUGGUAAACUAGUCUCUGGGAUGCAGUGUUUUUCCUCAUGUACUGAUUUGUAGCUCAUGUUGUUGACACUGGUGGGAAAAAAUAACGGACUCACUGUAAUGCUUAUGUACCCUUUUGGGAACUGUCGGAUAGAUCAUAUUGACAUUCGAUAUAUGUAUUUUCCAAACUUAUUUAUUAGUCUGUUGAAAAUUUGACAGUGGAAUAAAAUGGAAAAUA